ACGUUGCGGUCGAACGUAGUUUUAACCGACGGACGUGAUGAUGGCGUUUUGUAGCGGCAUAAAUCUCUAGAUUCCUUCAUCUGCUGGACAAGAGGAGACUUCCCUCGAGGGAUGAGACGAUGCGGGAAAGACAGAAGCUUUGAAGUGGACGAACAUUUUGAGCACGAAGGCAAGCUCUGGGCCUCUUCUGAUCGAGAAAUCAGAAUUUCGGGGUUCGAUGCUCACGAGUGAAUGUGUCUUCGGCCGAGAGACGAGUUUUAGGUGUUGCAGAACGGGGGGGAUUUGGAGUUUGAGCAAGCAGUAGCAGAAGUUGAUGAUCGGCAGUGAAUCUCGACUAGGUAACGAAAUCUGUAUAAUUACUGAGUUUUUGGAGAGAGAAAAUUCGAGUACUUGUGUUCGUGGCCGGCGGGAGAUCGUGAGUUUGAGCGUGGAGAUCUGGGAAUUUGUUCCGUGAAAGGUUUUGUUACGCGUAGGGCACAAAGAUUCCGCGGAGGCAACGUAAAGGGUCGUUGUACUGCGGGCAAGGCCGAGGGAAUUUUAGGAUUGGAAUAUGACUGACUGUCACGUUGUGGGAGAGGACUUCACCCUCGGCCUUCACAGUAGGCCCUCUGUAGAGCCGAAGAAGGGCAAAGAAAGCAGCAAGAAUCAUAUUGAGAGGGAUAAGGCAGUGCACAAGUAUGCCUUGCCCGUACAAGGAGACGCCAAUGGACUCCUACUUACUGCUCUAGACGCUCAGCAUCCUCCACCAGAGGGAAGUUCCAGUCUCGAAGUGGCAGCACAACCUAGUAUUGUUCUGGAUAACUGGGUGGAGUGCACGAAACGUAACCAGUGGCGUCUCGCUUUACCCCGAGUCAAUCUCGAUGUUUUGCCACCUCAUUGGCAAUGUCAAUCGAUGACAUGGCUGCCCGGUUUGAACAACUGCACGUAUACGGAGGAAACUACGACGAAUGCUGUUUGCAACUAUCUAAUGAGACAGAGUCCGACUGUUGGAUUGAUCGUUAAUCACUGA